AUGGCCGCACGCUGCUCCUCGCCGUCCCUCCGCGACCUCGUGGAGGAGGAGGAGUCCACGUUUGCACCUCCCGAUGCCAAGGCGGAUGCCAAGGCCGAAGCUGCAAUCCGGCUGCAGCGCGCAGGCCGGUCCUACGUCGCCCGCCAGUCUAGGUGGCACGAGCUCUUCGCUGCAGCCCUGCCCGUCCCUUCCUGGGGUGGCCGUCGCCGCUCGAGCAGGUUGAGCCUGUCCAUCGCGGACGACGGUCCAGAAGAGCUGUCCUCGCCGCUACGCUGGCCGACCAUGUCGAUCAGCCGCACCGACUCUGACCUGAGCUUUGCGCUCAACCUCAGCAUCUCGGAGCAGAACCUGCAGCGGAUGGUGCGGGCGCCGUCCGCGUCGUGGCCGGCGUCGCCGGGAGCGGGCGUGUCGCCCGGCAUGCGGAGGAAGACGGUCAAGCUCAAGGUGGGCGUGCGCGGCAGCAGCCUCGCCGUCAGCCCGAGGACGGCCAAGCGCUCGUCGCGCGCCGCCGUCCUCCUCUUCCUCCUGCUGCGCGUGGUCACGUUCGCCGCCGCCGCCGCCGCCGCCCUCGCCCUGGCGAGAGGCUUCUCGCGCGGCGCGGCGCCGUCCGGACCACUCGGCGGCGCGGCGCGCCCGGCGGCGCUCGGCGGCGGCGGCGGAUGGAGGCGGAGUGGCGGCGGCGCGGCGAUGGCGUUGGACAUCGGCGAGCUUGUCGCCGCGGCAGAGGGCGCGUCGUCGGCGGCGAUGUUCCUCGGGAGGGAGGCGGGGGCCGUCUUCGACUACGCCGCCCUCGAUCUCAACCUCGAGACUGUGCUGCACGGCGCAUCCCUGCUCAAGGGCGCCGGUUGCCCGCAGGCGGGCGCAGGGGCGAUCGCAGGCUCCGCCGCGCUGCGCCGCGCGGGGUCCGCCUCGUGGGUCGGAGAGGUGGCGGCGGAGGUUGGCGAGCAGCUCGAGGCGACUGCAUGGUCGAUGCCCGCCGCCUCGCCGCCCGGGUUCGGCUUGCCGGCCGGGCAAGCUGCCAGGCUGCAGCGGCUACGCGCGCACCUCUCGCCGCUCUCGCAGCUGACGCCGCUCUCCGAGCCGGCGGACUGCUUCGACGGCGACGCGGCGCCCGAGUCCUUCCCGCGCGCCCCGGUGGCGGCUGCGGGCAUGCUAGGCGCCGUGCUGCUUGCAGUUGCUUCUCCCGGCGUCGCUGCUGGCGGCGGGCCGGCUGUGGCGGGGGAGGGCGGCGGCGAGGAGGAGGGCGGCGGCGAGGAGGGGAAGGAGACGAGCAGCCGCCGCUACGUGGUGCCCGCCCUGCCCGCCGGCUUUGACCUCUCGUACGCCACGGCGUGCGCGCAGCUGUCCGGCUUCGCCUACUCCAUGAAUGGCUCUCGCGUGGACCACGCGGCGCUGCGGGCGCGGCUGGCGGGGGUGGGGAUGGAGCUCGUCGACGCCAUCGAGGUGGAGGAGCACUUUGCGUACAUUGCGCGCCGGGGCAGCGACGUCUUCCUCGCCUUUCGCGGCUCGUGCAACGGGAAGAACGUGCUGACAGACCUCGACUACCACGCGUGCUCCGCGUCGCUGGCGAGCUUUGCGGGGCAGUCCGGGCUGGAGCUGCCCGCAGGCAUCGCGCUGCACCGCGGCUUCCUCGCCGGCUGGGCGUCGCUUCGCGCCGCGGUGCUGCCCAGCGUUGAGGCCGCGCUGCGCGCGGCGGCGCUGCGGGACCAGCCGGCCGGCAGCGCGGCGCGCGUGGCGAGGCUGCACGUGACGGGGCACUCGAUGGGGGGUGCGAUCGGCCAGCUCGCGUCGUGGGAGAUUGCGCAGCGGCGGCAGCGGCAGGGCGGCGGCGAGCAGGCGACGACCGCCGACGGGCUAACGACUCGGCACGACACGUACACGUUUGCGGCGCCGCGCGUCGGCAACUGCAAGUUUGCGCGCUCGUUUGGCGCGAGGACGGCAACUUGCUCAACUGGGCGCUGGCGCACGACAUGGAGUACUACAUGCGACGCCUCGCCGAGCUCGGCGGGCCGACGGCCUCGCUGGAGGAGGGCGUCACCUUCUCGGCGUGACGCGUGA